GAAGAGCAGCCAAUGCUCUUAACCACUGAGCCAUCUUAUCUUCAUUUUAAGCUGGUGAAGCUGAUUGCCACCGCUCGAAGGCUGUUCCAAAGGUGGUCUGGACUCUCCAGAAUGCUGAGCAACAUUUUAGAUGUAAACACUUCAGGCUCUAGGAAUGAAGACAGUUCUGUCUUUUCAAAGACCGAACACAGCAUCAUUGCAGCUUACUUGAUUAUGGCAGGUAUAAUAAGCAUUCUCAGCAACAUAAUAGUUCUGGGCAUCUUCAUCAAGUACAAGGAGCUGCGGACACCCACCAAUGCGGUGAUUGUGAACCUGGCUCUCACCGACAUAGGGGUCAGUAGCAUUGGCUAUCCCAUGUCUGCGGCUUCAGAUCUGCAUGGAAGUUGGAAAUUUGGAUAUUCAGGCUGCCAGAUUUAUGCUGGAUUGAAUAUCUUUUUUGGAAUGGUGAGCAUUGGCUUACUCACAGUUGUGGCUAUGGACCGGUACCUGACCAUCUGCUGUCCUGAUAUAGGAAGAAGAAUGACCACCAGCACUUACGUCAGCAUGAUCCUGGGCGCCUGGACCAAUGGCCUGUUUUGGGCUUUGAUGCCCAUCAUUGGGUGGGCUAGUUAUGCCCCAGAUCCUACUGGGGCCACCUGUACCAUAAACUGGCGGAAAAAUGAUAUGUAAGAUAUGUGUUUGCAUCUUCUAGUCAGAUGCUCUCUUCCUUCCUCCCAUCAGUGUUAUUGCAAAGACUGUGGCAAAGACUUGCUUGUUGUGAUACACAUGGAAACAAACGAAAGAGUGGCUUAUGCUUGCUUGCAAGUCAAAGUUAUCUGGCUCCCUUUAUCCCUUUCUUUGAUCCUUUCUUCCUUCCCGUGUCCUUUGCUCAGGCAGCAAUGGGGACAUCCUCCCUCUUGUCACUCAUCUUGGAGCUGGGAUCACAAGUGGGAAGAGGGCUAGUGAAGCUAGAGAGUGGGCAGCUCUAACCCAAACCUAGGCCACCUCCGUAUUCUCUUUUCUGGAUGGUCUGGGGUUCAAGAGUCCCUGCAAGGAUUUUCCACAAGUUAAUGACACUCCUCUAGGUUUUCCAUGGAAGUGAGGAUUAUUUAGUUCAUUAAGGGAAAUGAAUGAUGCCUCAAAAACAAAACAAAAACAAGAUCUUCUAAAAUAUUUUUCUGUAAAGAGUCAAACUUCAGACAGUGCAC